AGUGUAUGUGUUGAAAUAAUUUAUCUAUUUAUUUAUAUUAAGUGGAUUAUUAACAGAGGCUAUUUUUGGUAUGCCCGAAUCAAAUGCGCAUUCACAAAUGAUCAAAACUGUUUACACAACAUAUUUCAAUUGAACAUAAGAACAUAGCAUGUAGAAUGGAAUUGUAUGAUUUCAUGUCGUAUACUUGUCGAGAAUGUAUAAUUUGAUUUUAGUGAAGGAACAUUCUACUGUUUACACGGUGUAUGACCACCAUACAGUUUAUAUAGGACGUUGCUGCAAAUCGGAGCGAGGUUGAAAUCUACAGAAUCAACACUGUUUUCAAAGACGAACUGUCGUAAAAGAGUAUGAAGGCUGGUACGAAAAUAUUCCUACCAUGUUUAGUCGUUGGAUUAUUGUUGACUUUGAUUUCAUAUAAGAAUUUCAUUCUUGUCCACGAUGAUGGUACUGAUCAACAAAAAACAACACAAUUCGUAAAACAGAGCGAUGAAACAGAAUCAAGACAAGUUAAGUUCAAACCAAAUGAGAGAACAUACUCAACAUUAGGAGCUUUUGAAUCAAAAGGGGACAUGUUCUGCAUAAAAACUAAAGAGAUUUCAGACUCAGCCGUAGGAGAUUUUAAACCAAAAGAAGAUUUUAACUGCAUACAAACAAUUGAACAAUACAGAACUUUUGAUGGUACUUUCUUUAUUCCACCUGACCAUAUUUUAUCAACAUUACCGACAAAAGUUUUAGAUUGUCUAUAUCAAAGAAUAACAACAACAAUUCAUUUCUUUUGCGCUAAACGAAGUCGACAUGGAUCAGUAAAGAAUGGGUGGAACAUUUGUACAGAUGGGUGCUAUAAACCAAACAGUAAAACAGUUAUCCAUGUGCUGAGCACCGUAAAUGAUUAUGAAAAUGUCCAAAGUAUCAACAUGAUUUAUAAGAUGAAAGUUCAAAGAUACAAACCAAGAAAACAGACUGGAACUGAUGAAGUAUAUCUUUCAAAAAAGGAAAAUAUUAUUAAUGAUGGUCAACCCACAAAACUUGAUGCAUGGAGCUAUGCAGUAAAAGAGGAAUCGAAUGGCCAGGAUAUUCUAAUUAUUGAUGUUGGCAACCUUACUGAUAUAAUUGUUGAUCACGUGAUCAAUAGUGGAAUGCUCAAUGAAAUACAACAGCUAUCUAUUCGGAUUAGUUAUGGCGAUCCUAAAUCUGGAAUCAAGUAUUUGUCAGCACUAAAACACUUGAGAAAGCUGUUUGAAGCAGGGUUUAGAAUAUACUGGUCGAGACAAGAAUGGUCGGGUAUUCUUUGGAGAAACAAGAGAAGGACAAGUUGUAUAUAUCUAGACAUGGUUUACAGUGUAUGUAGAGGUUUACUUAAGUCAACAGGUCCUAUAAAGGAGUACAGUAUAAAUCAAAAUCUGGUAGAUUUUGGACCCUUACGAAUUCCAGAGGACAAGGAUCUUUACAAAUUAAAUGCAAAAGAGCGGUAUGCGCUAUAUUUAAGAUAUUUGACAUCGACACAGAUUCAUUGUAAAGAAGUGAUACGGCUAGGUCAUAUAACCGAUGGUGGAUGGAAUGUUUGUCAUGAUAAACCAUACAGACCUUCAUAUCCAUGUCUUGUUUAUUCGUUUGGGAUAAAUUGGGACUUUAGCUUUGACGAUGCCGUGGUGAAAACAUACGGAUGUGACGUUCACUCUUUUGAUCCAAGUAUGAACCAGCCAGAUUUUAGACGUGGAGACCAGAUAUGGUUUCAUAACCUUGGGAUAAGCAAUACGACCUCAAGAAAAGGAAAUUGGAAUGUUUCUUCCUUGCAAGAUAUAUUAAAAAAAUUUAACCACACUUCUCGAAGAAUUGAUCUUCUGAAAAUUGACGUAGAGAAGAGUGAAUGGGAAUCCUUCCCGGAUAUGAUACAAACUGGUUCGCUAAGAAAUACCAGGCAAUUGUUAGUAGAAUUCCAUGGUAGAGUAACAUCGUUUCAACAAUUAAGAACGCUUAGAGCAAUAUAUAACGAAGGAUUUAGAAUUUUUUGGUACCAUAGAAAUCCAGUAAAAGGCAACUUAGUACAAGGCACAUUUGUCCAGCAUACUUCAUGUUAUGAAGUGUAUUUUGUUCGAGUCUAAUGUGUACGUAAAUAUCCUGAAAAAAAUUGUAUUUUAAAUGUGAAUGAUUUGUUUGUAAGCAUGAUAUAAAAUAUGAUUCUUAAAUGUGACAACUGAAUGAUAACACUUGUUUUUUUAACAUUGGUGGUGAUCGAAAAUUGUGUUAUAGUCAAAAUGUUUUGAGUAGUGAGUGUGUGUUUGUGUUGUUUUGGGAGGCGGCUUUCCUGGUCUGGAACU